UUGGAAUGAACACACCCACCCCCAGGGCAGCUCUCUCCUUUUAGCUGGCUGAUAGCAAGCAAUAAUUCAGCCCCUGCUUACAUUAGCAAACACCUGCAAUCACCAGAGCUAGGCUAUCAGGGGUGGCUGCCAGGCCAGAUUUCCACCCUGCACCUGUUUGGCUGUGUCCCUCCUCUAUGUUUCCUGCCCUCCCCUCCGCCCCCCACACGCCCCAGUAUCUCUGGAGGUCCCUGAUGCUGUGUCCCUCCCCUCCCCUGCGAUCUCCCCCUGACCCUGCACAUGUAGCCUCUGAGUAUGUGACCCCAGCUCCCCACUGUAACAAGGUCCAACAAUUUCAAACAGUCUGAAAACACUCCCAGCGUCUAUUACUGUGACUCUGUGUCUCUGAUCCCAUAAACCUGCCGGGCCCUGCAGUCGCGAGUACAGUGUGUGGUUGUGCUGGGCCAGCUCCCCUCCCUCUAGUCCUGAAACUAACAAUAGCAGAAACUAAACUAAAAAACUAAAAAUCUUCGCUGGCAGGACAUUAGAGAGAGAGGCUGAACCAAAAACGAUCUAUUUUUCAAUGAUUAGCAAAUCUCACAUUUGAUUGUUUGCUUAGUCACAUGAAAUGUUUCUGCGUCUCCAGGAAAAGCUCCAGGCCCAGCUGAAGACUCUGAGAGCCGAGAGAGAAAAGCUGCUGGGACUGAAAGUGAGCAGGGAGGAGACCAGUCAGGAGCACCUGAAAUGGACACAAGCCGAGUGGCAGAAGAUUGUGACCCAGUUUCAGCAGCUGCGGCAGUUCCUGCAGGAACAAGAGCGACUCCUGCUGGCCCAGCUGGAGCAGCUGGACGAGAUGAUCGUGAAAACAUGGACUGACACUGUCACCAAACUCUCGGAGCAGAUUUCCCAUCUCAGCGAGCGGAUCGGGGAGCUGGAGGAGAAGUGUCAGAAGCCAGUGAGUGAAUUCCUGCAGGAGAUCAGAAGCACCCUGAGCAGCUGUGAGGAGGGGCAGGCCCAGCAGCCAGAGGAGAUGGCUCCUGAACUGGGAGAGCGAGUCCGUGGUUUCUCCCAGAAAGUGACUGCGCUGUCGGAGACGCUGAGGGAGUUCAAAGACACUCUGCCGGCCGCACUGGAGGCACAGAGAGAGAAACCCCCAAGAGCGCACAGACCAGCCAACGUGACUCUGGAUCCAGAUAUGGCGCAUCCCCGGCUCGUCCCGUCUGAGGAUGGGAAACGUGAGAGAUGGGCAGACACAUGGCAGCCAGUGGCUGACACCCCGGCGAGAUUUGACACUUGGUCCUGUGUGCUGGGCCGAGAGGGCUUCACCUUGGGGAGACAUUACUGGGAGGUGGAGGUGGGGGAUGGCCAAUGGGCUGUGGGGGUGUCCAGAGAGUCUGCGAGCAGGAAGGGAUGGAUCAGCCUGAGCCCCCAGAGGGAGGUCUGGGCUGUGCAGUGGUGGCAGGAUCAAUUCCAGGCUCUCACUGACCCUCACACCCCUGUCAGCCGACG